AUGAAGAUACUGUUGACCGGCGCCUCCGGUUACUUAGGAGGCAGAUUGUGCCACGAGCUGCUGAAACAAGGCUAUUCCGUUCGCGCCUUGGUCCGCCCAACCAGCGACCUCUCCUCCCUGCCUCCACGGUCACCAACCGGUAACGGUGGCCUCGAACUCGUCUACGGCGACGUCAACGACUACAACUCCCUACUCUCCGCCUUCUCCGGCUGCGACGUCGUUUUCCACGCAGCCGCUGUGGUUGAGCCCUGGCUUCCCGACCCCUCCAAGUUCUUCUCCGUCAACGUCGGGGGUUUGAAGAACGUGCUGCGAGCGGUACGAGAGACGAAGACCGUACAGAAGGUCAUAUACACGUCGUCAUUUUUCGCGCUCGGACCGACCGAUGGCCACGUCGCCGACGAGGCUCAGGUCCAUCACGAGAAGUUCUUCUGUACGGAGUACGAGAAAUCGAAAGCUGCCGCCGAUAAAAUCGCGCUACAGGCCGCGCAGCAAGAGGAGCUGCCGUUGGUGCUGCUUUAUCCCGGAGUAAUCUACGGGCCCGGAAAGCUCACCGCUGGAAACGUCGUCGCUCGGAUGAUCGUCGAGCGGUUCAACGGCCGAUUGCCUGGAUAUAUAGGCUCCGGUAACGAUAGGUAUUCGUUUAGCCAUGUCGAUGAUGUUGUGGAGGGCCAUAUCAGAGCUAUGGAAAAAGGUCGAACAGGUGAGAGGUAUCUGCUAACAGGUGAAAACGCAUCGUUUAAGCACGUUUUCGAUGUAGCAGCUGUCAUCACUCAGACGCAGAGGCCUAAAUUUGGGAUCCCAUUGUGGUUGAUUGAGGUGUACGGAUGGGCGUCUGUUCUUUUCUCUCGAAUUACAGGGAAGCUCCCUCUGAUUAGUCCUCCGACUGUUUAUGUUUUGAGGCAUCAAUGGGCAUAUUCAUGUGACAAGGCCAAGCAGGAGCUGGAUUAUAGUCCCAGAGGAUUGAAAGAAGGAUUGGGGGAGGUGUUGCCUUGGCUCAAGAACUUGGGCUUGAUCAAAUAUUGA